CAUCCGCACCGUGGCUGCGCCAUGGAGCAGGCCCCGGUCCCCGCCGCGCCGCCGCCGCCCGACCCGUCGUUCGCCGAGGUGCUGCGGCUGGUGCAGAGCGGGCAGGAACCGCCGGGGGUGCGGCGGCCCCGGGCCUCGCCCACCGGGGACACUCCCACCGCCUCCCGCCUGCCGCCGCCCGCCAAGCCCUGGGAAGGGCGGCCCGCGGAGCCCGCCCGCCGCCGCGGCCCGCAGCACGGCUCAGCACGCAGCUGCAGCCAGCGCUCGGAGAACGAAGAACCCGCACCGCUCGCAACACAGCAGCCUGGUGGGAGCAGUGAUAUUGCUUGAUUUCCUUAUGCCUGGUGCCCGUGAUCCUUUAGGAAGUGCAAAUGAACUUCGGCAGAGCUGUGUUUCCUCGCCACACAGCUCAGUGACCGCCCCGUCAAAUACCAACACCAAAUUAAUCUUCCAAACGUUUAAGAACCUGAGAACUGACUUAACACUUGAAGCCCGCAGCGGGGCAGAGGCAGGACUGACCUGUGCUUCCUCCCUGCCAGCAGCAGCGUCGCCGUGCCCGGGGGCAGCGCUACUUCACAUUGAGCUUUGUUUUUAUGUUCAUGGCUGCCAGCUCUGCCACGAAGUACCGGAAGACGUGGGGCACCGGGACAACCUCAAUGGCAUCCACCUCGCUGCAGAUGGAGCAGGAGUACCUCCUGCUGCUUGGCAUGGAGGAGAAGUGGGGCUGUUUCUCCAGCACGGGAGAUGUCAUGCUGCCGCAGCUCGUGCACACAUAGGCGAUGGAGCCAUCGGAGCAGUUGAACAGCCGGUCUUGCAGCAAGAAGGAGGUGCCAUGAGCCAGCAAAGCAUCUCGUUCCAUCUCACCGAAGCGAAUCCCACCUUCCACGUUCCUCCCCUUGACGGGCUGGUUGGUGACAGCAUCUCGGGGCCCCGUUGUCCUCACCUGGAACUUGUCCGAGACCAUGUGGCGCAGGCGCUGGUAAUAAACCACUCCCACAAAGAUCUCUGCCUCCAGCUCCAGGCCGCUGAUGCCACUGUACAUCUUUUCUGUCCCAAAGAAGUUAUAACCAGCACUCACUAAAGUCUCACCGAAGUACUUCAGGGCAGAAUUCUUCUCUGUGAAGGUGAAGGGAGUGGCGUCGUAGGAGACGCCGUGCAGCGCCGCUGACUUCCCCGCCAUGCUCUCGAUUAACAUCCCAAUGGUCAUGCGGGAGGGAAAGCCGUGAGGGUUGAAGAGGAUGUCUGGAACCAUCCCGUUCUCUGUGAAGGGCAUGUCCUCCACUGGCCAGAGCUGGCUCAGGAUACCUUUCUGUCCGUGACGGCUGGCAAAUUUGUCUCCGAUGGUUGGAUUCCGGGGAACCCUCACGGUGAUACAAGCCUUCUUGAACUUCCCAGUGCCACGGUCGUUGCUGCAUAACCUGACGUUGUCCACAAUGCCGACUUCCUUACUCCUGUGGAUGUGGAAAAAAAACAACCACAGCAAAGCAGUUAGGGGCUAAUUUACCAUUCCGAAAAAGUACUACUCAGUAGCCGGGGAAAUCAGACUGCAUGAGAAUUAGGGCAAUGAAGCAACGCAGCGGCAUCACACAAGUGCCAUUAAGUUGCUUUUUCUCAUAGCUACAACUUUAGGUUAUUUAAAAUAAAGAUCAUUUGAACCUGG